AUGACUACGCUCCAGCCACUUACUCUCUACGCCAUUCGCGCCGGAGCUAAUCCCUGGAAGGUUGCGUACAUCCUCGAGGAGCUUGGCCUUCCCUAUAAGAUGGAACAAGUCGAGUACCCGGACUUGAAAAAGGAGCCCUUCCUUUCACUCAAUCCGAACGGGCGCGUUCCUGUUCUAAAGGACCCAAAUAAUCAGGAUAUGGUGCUUUGGGAGUCCGGGGCUAUCAUCGACUAUCUGAUUGAUGUCUACGAUAAAGAAUUCAAGCUACACCACCCAAGCGGGCCCGAGAAGUACGCAACCUGGGCCUGGGAGCACUUCCAGAUGAGUGGACAGGGUCCAUACUUUGGACAGAAAGCCUGGUUCGAGAGAUACCACGCUGAGAAGCUGCCAUCUGCGAUAGAAAGAUACCGCAAAGAGAUCAAGCGGGUCCUUGGGGUGCUCGACUCUCACCUGGCAAAACAGGGGACAGACUAUCUGACUGGAAAUAAAGUGACCUAUGCGGACAUCAUGUUCAUCCCGUACUUCAAAGGGCUCGUGGUUAUUGCUCCUGAAGUCAGUACGAGCGAGUUCAAAAACUACGAAGCGUGGCUUGAAAGGUUGAUGUCACGUCCAGCCGUUGCCAAAGUCUGGGCCAAUCAAUCAGAGACCCUUGCAACUGCGGCGGCACAGCCCCCUUCGCAGGAAGUCAUAGACUCUCAGUGA